UAAAGAUUGUUAGGUCCUAAUACUUUCCGUUCCUUCCAUGUCCUUGUUGGCGAUCUUUCAAAAUCCUCUCAUAGUCAAAGAUUCCGGAAUCGAGCUACGCGAUUGUAUCCAUCACAGUCUCUGGAACUUCCUUUCGUCCUGCGAAAUCAUGUCAACCGCUACAGCCCCAUUAAAGAUUGCAUUUACUCCACAUCAUCCCCCUCCUCCGAGGCGUCAUGCACUACUCAUUGGAGUGCAAAACUACAAUGAGAAUCCGCUUGAUGGAUCUCUAAAUGAUGUCCAGGCUCUCCAUGACAUCCUUGCUCUCCAAUAUAAUUUUCGUCCAAAUGACAUUACUUUGGUGACGGACAACGGCAGUAGGCGACCAACCCGCACCAACAUCCUCAGCGCUAUUCAUAAUUUGGUUCAUAACGCCCAGGCGAACGAUAGUUUUCUCAUAUACUACGCUGGACAUGGAACUCGAUAUUCAGGAUCUAUGUACUCCGACUUGCCUUCAAUGCAGGAAGACGUUGUGGAGGCAAUAUGUCCCAUAGAUCGGGGAAGCGUCGUUAACGGAGAGAUGGUAUUCGAUAUCACUGACCGAGAUAUCGAUGCUAUUGUUUCCGGGGUGUCGGCGAGGCUCACCUGCAUUUUUGAUUGUUGUCACUCAGGCACGGUGCUUGAUAUCAUGAACUGUAGAUCGACGAAGGUUCGAUAUGCAAAUCCGCUUCCCGACAUGGGAAGAGCUUUGUACCAGAAGUCUCAAAAAUGCCUACGCGUCGGCAGAAAUUCGGAGUACCAUAUUUUUAUCCUUGCAUGCAAGAGCUAUCAGAUUGCGUUGGAAUGUAAUACGGACUCUGGCGAUAGGAUACAUGGGGCUUUUACGCAAGCCCUUCUCCAUGCCUUAGAGUCAGACAUUGAGAGAACCAUGAUUUACGAGCAGCUCAUGGGUCAAAUCGGAGUUCUUCCAUCGCAGACGCCUGUGAUUUAUGCCGGUAGCUAUACAGGUCGUCUGUGGAGCAUCGGUGGGUUUAUUUCCUAAUGAAAAUGUCUGCUGCUCUUUGCAUAUCAUUAGGCAAGAACUAGCCAUAGAAUACAAUCAACUGGCAUGGUUAUGGCCAAGAGGGCUUUACCAUACUUUGCUUAUAAUCCUACUGGUAGCAAUUUUUUUCUUUUCGUACAUCAGCUUAACUUUG